GCUUUUCAGUCGUCGCAAUCAGCCUUGAUUCCUUUAUGAAUGGAAGACUCGGUCCCAACAACGGAUUAGAGAAGUCCGAAAGGCGAGCAUGUCAUAUUACUCAGGAUCUCCAUCUGUUUCCAUCGCAGGGCUGUGGCGUUGUCCUGCACGUCGGUUCCUAAACGUCUAAAUACUUAAGAGACCGGCACGCCACCAUGGGAGGCACAACAUCUGCAAACCCUGAAUCUGCAUUAAGCAUUGAAACUCGAGCGACCUUGAAGAGAUAAAGCUGUGUAAUCAAUACUUAUCUUGGACAUAUCUAGACAGUCUAGAAACUCGAAAAUCUAAGAAAGGAAAAAAUGGCUUCUAAAUCAGUCGCUCUCAUCACCAUGAGCACCCGCGGGACUCGGGUCGGCCCAACGGUAUCCGCCUUCGUCGAAAAGAUCAUCGAGAAGCCGUUAUCAUCAGCUGGUAUCACCAUCGCAAACGUCGACCUCGUAAAGUUCAACCUCCCCGUCUACAACGAACCCGUAGCUCCAGCCAUGGUCCCCGAAAAAGCCCAAUUCAAGUACGAGCACUCUCGAGCAUGGAGCGCCGAGAUCAAGAAACACGACGGGUACAUCCUCGUGAUCCCGGAGUACAACUACAGCGUCGCAGGCGGAACCAAGAACGCGAUCGACUACCUGAUGAACGAGUGGAAAGGAAAGCCCGUCGCCAUCGUCAGCUACGGAAUCCACGGUGGCGCCACCGCCUCCGAGCAGGUCAAGGGCGCGCUCAGUGGCAUGGGACUCCGAGUUGCAGAGACCCGACCUACCUUAUCCUUCAGUCAACCCGACGUCUUCAGCGCUAUUGGUGGUAGGCUUGGUGAUGCCACGACGAAGGCAUGGGAGGCGGAGCAGACGGUGAGCAUAUUGAAGGCCGCUGAGGACUUGAAGGGUUUGUUAUUGCAGCCGAACACACCAGCCAACGCCCCGAAGCCAUGAACUAGUUCCUAUCACACGUAGGAAAAGCGGAUUAUGUGAUGUGAGGGUGGGCAUCGUUAUCUGAGGAGUGGAUAUUUGCAAGGAGUACUGAAUCGGACUUCUUUAACAAUAUCUAGAUAUUUAUGAACUCUUUCAGCCAGAAGCAUUCGUUAUCUAGAUCUACACUUGAUACUGAUAUAGGUACACGUCCUCUAAUUACGACAAAUAGAAGUUAAGACACAUGAUGUAACUACAUGACUAUAAACCAAAAUCCUCAUAAAAUCACUAAAUGCUGAUAUGGAAAAUAAAGUUCCAAAACAUAUAUCAUAACUCAUUAUCUAGAUUAAAAGCUCAUGACA